AUGCACGCCAAGUGGCUCUCCGGACUUUUACUCUUGGGCCUGAGCCAGGCGAAAGACAAUUCUCAAGCCUUGCAAACUGCUGCCACCACAAAUCUUCAAUCAGCAGCUGAGGACCCAUACGCCACCAACCAAGCACCGCCGAUUGGAGAAAAGCUCAGCCGUCGACGAUGGACAGUCACCUGUGACAACAGCCAGACGGAUGAGUGUACGAAAAUGCUUGAUGAUAACUUUGACACCUUCUGGCAGUCAGGAAAUGAUGGUAGCAUUCAUGAAGUUGUCGUCGACCUCAGCCGAGCGGAAAACAUCCAAGCUCUCUCCAUAGUAUCGCGCCGAGAUACCGCCACCACAGGCCAGAUAUUUGCUCACCAAAUCUACGUGAGCAAUGACAAGGAGAACUGGGGGAACCCGGUUGCAUUCGGAACCUGGUACAAUACCACUGACGAGAAGUUGGCCGUCUUCGAGCCCAAGGAGGGCCAAUAUCUCCGCCUAGUAUCCCUCGAUGGCAACGCAGCUAGUAUCUCCGAGUUGCAAAUCUAUGACAGCGACAGCCCAAAACAAGUUUCCAACGGUGGUGUUUGGGGCCCUACCAUAGAUUUGCCACUUGUGGCUGUCUCUGGCGCAGUUCUUCCCGGCACCGGCCAGGUUCUUGUUUGGUCUUCAUGGGCAAAGGACGACUAUCUCCAUUCUACGAGCCAGACCCUCACGGCCCUCUGGGACCCGAAGACUGGAAAUGUCACUCAGCGGACAGUUCAAGACACUGGACAUGACAUGUUCUGUGCUGGCACCUCUUGGGACGGCAACAAUGAACUUCUCGUGACGGGUGGUAACAAUGAUGGACAAACUAGCAUCUUGGACCCAGCCACCGACACCUGGUACCCUGGCGCUGCAAUGAAACUUGGCCGUGCUUACCACGCUUCUGCAACUAAUUCUGAAGGUCGGGUGUUCAUCAUCGGCGGUUCGUGGAACGGCGGUACGAACAAUAACAGAGACGGUGAAAUUUACGAUCCAGUUGCCGAAGAAUUCACUGGCUUGCCAGGAGCUCGUGUUGAGCCCAUGUGGACAAACGAUGCCAAUGGUGGCUAUCGACGGGACAGCCAUGGCUGGCUCUUUGGAUGGAAGAAUGGCACCGUUUUCCAAGCCGGCCCCAGCAAAGCUAUGAACUGGUACUACACUAGUGGCCAGGGUGACCAAAAACCCGCAGGAAAUCGCGGCGAUGCGGAUGAUGCUAUGUCUGGUAAUGCCGUGAUGUUUGACGCAGUGAAUGGAAAGAUCAUCAGCUUCGGUGGCUCGCCUUCUUACGAGAAUACUUAUGCCACGAAAGACGCCCAUCUCAUUGAGAUCGGCGAGCCCGGAACCGACCCCAAGGUCAGCACAGCCAAGAACCCCUUUGGCGAUGGCAUGGCUUUUGCCCGAGUUUUCCACACAUCGGUCGUUCUACCCAAUGGAAAUGUCUUUGUUGCUGGUGGACAAACCUACGCUACCCCAUUCAAUGAUAGUGGCGCACAGUUCACCCCUGAGAUCUACGACCCUGCAACCAACGAGUUUCGUCAGGGACAGACCAACAGCGUCGUUCGUGUGUACCACAGCAUUUCCCUUCUGCUGACUGAUGGUCGUGUCUUCAAUGGCGGAAGUGGACUCGGUGUUUCGGCGCCCAGCAACCAUUUCGAUGCCCAGAUCUACACUCCCGACUAUCUGCUGAACAAUGAUGGCACACUCGCCACCCGACCCACUAUCGACAGCGUUGAUAAGAGAACUCUUCAUCCCGGCGAAAAGCUGAUUGUCAAAGCCAGCAUCAAGCUCACGAAGGCGUCCCUGAUCCGCUAUGGUUCCACUACCCAUACAAUGAACACGGACCAGCGGCGGGUUGUAUUGGACUCGUGGGCCGCGAACGGAGAAACUUACGAGACGACUCUUCCUAGUGAAGCAGGUGCUCUUCUGCCAGGUCCUUGGAUGUUGUUCAUCCUCAAUGAUGAUGGUGUUCCCAGCAUUGCUGAGACCAUCUAUAUCGAAGUCUGA